AUGAAAAAGAGUACGAGAUCAAACAAAUUCUCUGGACCAAGAGUUCCUCAGAAAGGUGAUGAAGAACAAUCGGUUCCACAAGCAGUAACCAAGAUAUCUCCCACCAGUACAGGUCCACCGGUAAUCAAUCCAUACGGUCAUCCCAACAUUAUGGUAUCGAUGAAACACUCGUUGAGAUUCUGCGAGGAGCAUCUGAAAUCCGAUUUCCCAGAGAUAUUUUCAGCCAUAAAAUUAGUAUUAAUUCAUAAAAUGGUUAAUUCGGAUGAUAAUAAUAAUAACAAUAACAACAAUAAUAAUAGCAAUAUAAAUAUAAGUAGUAAUGAUUUGAAAAUACAUAAUCAACUAUCAAAUCAUUCUAUAAAGUUGGAUAUAGAUUUCUUGGCGGAGGAACCAGCUUCGGUUGUGGCGAAACGAUUGACUCUGAUGGAGAGAGAUCUCUACCUAUCGAUCCCGAACGAAGAGUACUACGCCGAUCUGUGGAUCUACGAGGAUCUCGAAUAUAAGACACCGAACAUCGAUCGAUUCAAACAGCACUCUGAGAUGAUAACACGGACCGUAAUCAAAGAGGUGACGUCGGCAUCGCCAGACGGUGACGAGCGUAUCAAGAGAAUCAGCAGAUUCAUCGAGAUCGCUUCGGAACUCACGCUCAUCAAGAACUUCAACGGUGCCUAUGAAAUACUGCAUGCAAUCGAUCAGCUGAUCGGUACUAAAUCCGGAAAGAAAGAGCUCUGGGAUAACCUGCCACCCGCAGCACUAAGCAUCUACAGUCAACUCAUCUAUAAAUACUCAUCGGCUGACAACUAUAAAAGUAUCAUUUUAAUUGAUUUUACAAAUAUAAUACAAUCAUCAUCGGAAUAUAUAGGUAAUAUAGAGGAUAAGAUUAUUGAAUUUGAUAGAUAUUGGAGAUUAUGGCAAUUGAUUAGUGAUUAUCAUAGAUGUUCAGAAAAUUAUCAAAUCGAUGAUAUAUUUUAA